AGAAUAGAAUGCCAUUUUGAAUACAGAAUAUUUCUGUGGAAUUCCAGAAUCGAUGACGAACACGUCUCUCCCCUUCCGGUUUCGUCAGGGCACUGCGGCGGAUGUUGAUAUUCUGUUUUGGAGACCACAACCAGAGCUAGCUAGCGAGCCUUCGUCGUUGCCGGAGUUUUUUUUGUUGUUUGGUUGUUGUCUGACGUUUUUAAUUGUUUUCAACCAGGGAAGGAUCCACUCCCCAAACGACGGCACCGUGUCUCUCCCGGCGCCUCACCGGGGAAGCGCGAGCCCGAGUCGUGCGAUGAUGGAGGACUUCGACGAGAUCUACGAGGAGGAAGAAGAAGAGGAGGACGAGGAGAGGGCCGCGGAGGAACAGCUGCUAAAGUACGCUCCAGACCCGGUGGUCGUCCGAGGAUCUGGCCACGUCACUGUGUUUGGACUCAGUAACAAGUUUGAGUCAGUUCCAUCGGCACUUACAGGGAAGGUGGCGCCAGAGGAGUUCAAGGCCAGUAUAAACCGUGUUAACGGCUGUCUGAAGAAGACGUUGCCAGUGAAUGUGCGUUGGCUGCUGUGCUGUCUCUGUUGCUGCUGUACACUGGGCUUCAGUCUCUGGCCCGUCAUCUGUCUGAGCAAGAGGACACAGAGAUCCAUGGAGAAGCUGUUGGAUUGGGAGAACAGCAGACUGUACCACAAGCUGUGUUUGCAUUGGAGACUGAGCAAGAGGAAGUGUGAAACCAACAACAUGAUGGAAUAUGUAAUCCUGAUAGAGUUCCUACCCAAGAUCCCCAUCUUCAGACCGGACUAGCUCUCCGCGGCCCCACCCACAUCCUCCCAUGGUGCCUCUCUUCACUCGGCCCAGUCACCUCUCCAAAAUGGCCUCCCCUUUCCUCCCCUAACCAGGCCCAUACCCCUAAAACUACACCACCAUUUAGUGUUUACUGAACACUAUCUAGCUCCUCUAUCUAGCCCCUCUAUAUACCCAGAAAACACCUGUUUACACCCUAAAGCCCCUUCUCUGAUAUCAACCUUUGACCCCUGAUCUGUUGGAGGAGCUGUGACCUUUUGACCCCCCUCCCCCCGGGGUGGCCACGUUGACUGUCAUCGGUCUGUGGGUCAUCAUGGGAGACCCAGCUCAGAAAGGGUGUAACGGUACCAUAGAACUGGAGAAAGUGGACUCCUAAUUUUGGACCUGCAAUGAUGAACCUCCUCUUCACAGCCCUUCCCUGUACACGAGGCACAAUCUUUACUCAGAUUUAUACCCCCGUAUAUUGUACCCCAACCUGAACUAUGAGACACUCUGUGCUGUUGGAACAGUUGAUAUUAUACGCUGUUCUAGAACCUCUAUGGAACCGCUGAGGUAACAAUCAAAGGAUUAGCUACGGAACUUCUACAGAAAUUCAAUGGAACUAAUAUAGAACAUUCACAGAACUUCAAUGAAUUAGCAACGGAACAGCUAUGGAACUGACAGAACAUCAUUAGAACGGCUGUGGAACUCCCAACGGAACGUCAUUGGGCUCCCGAGUGGCGCAGCGGUCUAAGACACUGCAUCUCAGUGCAAGAGGCGUCACUGCAGUACCUGGUUCGA